AUGUCUGAUAUUAAUAGAAAACUUCGUGUUCUUGAACUAUUUAGUGGCAUUGGUGGUAUGCAUUGUGCAUUAAAACGACAACAACUUGAUGGAGAAGAUUUUAUUGAUUUUGAAGUCGUUGCUGCACUCGAUAUUAAUCACACAGCAAAUGAAGUAUACAACGAUAAUUUUCCAAAUGUAUCUGUAAUGUGUCGUACCAUAGAAAAUGUCAGUAUCAAACAAUAUGAAAAAUGGAAUUGUAAUAUGUGGCUGAUGUCACCAAGUUGUCAACCAUUUACACGUCAAGGACAUCAAAAAGGUUUAGAAGAUAAUCGUUCGAACGGUUUUAUUGGUUUAAUGAGUAUAAUUGAUCAAUUAGAAAAUAAGCCACAGUAUAUCUUACUAGAAAAUGUUGAUGGUUUUAAUGGAUCACAAGCACAUCAAUUACUAUUAAAAACACUUUUAUCAAAUCAUUAUUCUUAUAGACAAUUUCUCUUGUCUCCAAUUCAGUAUGGUAUUCCAAAUUCACGUCUGAGAUAUUAUUUAGUAGCUGAAAGACGUAAUCAACAAAUAACGAACGAUACAAUUGAAACAAGUUACGUAUCCAAUUCUUUAGAUAAAUUAUUUAAUAAUUUAAAAUUACAAUUUCCAACCUCAACAUUUACAUCAUCAGAAAAUAUUAAUUUACCUAAUGGUAAAGUAGUUAAUGAUACAUAUGAACAAUGUAGUAACUCAUGUCAGUUAUUAGUUAAAGAACAAUUGAUUAUUGAUAAUUUUCUUGAAAAAAAUAUUGAUUAUUCAAUGUUUGAAUUAACUGAUGAACAAUUACUUCGUGGCUACUUUAUUACCGAUAUUGUAUCGAAAUUUUCUAAACGUUCUUGCUGUUUUACAAGAUCAUAUAGAAAAUAUUUUGAAGGAACUGGAUCACUACUCUAUAUAAAUGGAGAUAUAAAUGUGAAUGAUAAUUUUAUUACAAAAGAUAUUUGGUAUCAAUGUAAGAAUGAUAAACAAUUAGAAGAAACGAUGAAAUCAAAAUUGAAACAAUUUGUACAACUAAGAUAUUUUACACCAAAAGAAAUUGCUAAUCUACAUUGUUUUCCAGUAGAUUAUAAAUUUCCACAACAAAUUACUGUUAAACAAUGUUACCAAUUAUUAGGAAAUAGUUUAAAUGUGUUUGUUGUUGCUUUACUUAUUAGAGGCUUCUUUGAUGAUUCAUUGUUCUGA